GGUGAUAUUAUUCUGAAUUUAUUGGUAUCCAAAAUCUCAAAAAACAUUUGUCAAAAUUACGAAAUGGAAAUGGGUUCAAUUUCAAUCCAAUACCCAGAAUUAUUUGUUGCAUUUAUAUGUUUUUUGGUGACUUGUUUUUUAACAAGAAAUGGUCUUCCAUGGAAUUGGCCUUUCCUUGGAAUGUUACCUAGUGUUUUAAUUCACCUUCACAGGGUUCAUAGCCGUUGUGUUGAUCUUAUGCAACAAAGUAACUGCAACUUCCUACUCUUAGGUCCAUGGUUUGCUAACAUGGACGCCUUAAUUACGGCCGAUCCAGCUAAUAUCCAAUAUGUAAUGAGCACAAACUUCACUAAUUAUCCCAAAGGAGAAGAGUUCCUUAGGAUAUUCGACAUCCUAGGUGCUGGAAUCUUCAACUCCGAUGGAGAUUUGUGGAAGUUUCAAAGGAAAAUCAUGAGGUCUUUGAUCAAUCACAAGAGAUUCAUUAGAUUUUUAGUUAAAGUUACGUACAAUAAGGUACAAAAGGGGUUGGUUCCUAUACUCCAACAUGCCUAUAAAGAUGGUCUUGUAUUAGACUUACAAGAUGUGUUUCAAAGGCUUACCUUUGAUACCACAUGCUUGCUAGUUACUGGCCAUGACCCGGGUUGUCUUUCCCUCGAAUUCCCCGAUGUUCCGUUCUCUAAAGCCUUAGAUGAUGCUGAGGAAGCCAUUGCUCAUCGACAUAUCCUCCCUGAUAACUUCUGGAAGCUUCAAAAGUGGCUUGGAUUAGGGCAAGCUCAUAAACUAACCCAAGCUUGGAAAGUUCUUGAUCACUUCAUUGAUUCCAUUAUAUCAAUGAAACGUCAACAUCAACAAGAAGAAGAAGAAGAAGAAGAAGAAGAAGAAGAAGAAGACAAAGAAGAAGAAGGUGUGGAUCUGUUAACGUCGUUCCUAAAAGAACAAGUGGAAACGAGUGGGAUCAACGUGAACGACGACAAGUUCUUAAGAGAUACCAUCUUAAACCUGAUGCUUGCAGGAAGAGACACAACCAGUUCAGCUCUAACAUGGUUUUUUUGGCUAAUGUCACAAAACCCUAGAGUUGAAGAUAAGGUAAGAGAUGAACUAAAAGGAACACUCGUCUUACAAAAUCAAUGGCAUGUUUUCCAAAUAGAAGAAACCAACAAGUUAACCUAUCUACAUGCAGCAAUAUGUGAAUCUUUAAGGUUAUACCCACCUGUUCCAUUCCAACACAAAUCUCCAAUCCAACCUGAUACUCUACCAAGUGGCCAUCAUGUAACCCAAAACACGAAAAUCCUGUUUUCAUUGUACGCCAUGGCACGAAUGAAGGGUAUAUGGGGAGAAGAUUGUUUCGAGUUUAAGCCGGAGAGAUGGAUUACAAAGGAAGGGAAGAUCAAGUAUGAACCACCACAUAAGUUCUUAUCGUUCAACGCCGGUCCCCGGACUUGUCUAGGGAAGGAGGUGGCUUUGACUCAAAUGAAAAUGGUAGGUGCAACAUUGAUUCAUAACUAUAAGUUUCAUGUGGUUCAUGGACAAGAUGUUGAACCAGAUUUAUCAGUCAUUCUGCAUAUGAAACAUGGAUUUAAGGUUAAUGUUAGCAGUAGAUGGAACACAUUGCACUGAAUUGCAACAUUUAAUACCUACUGCUGUACUCUAUCUAUUAGCUUAUAUAGCUACUGUUCAAAACUUAUUAUAUUGCUUGCA